AUGGGGUUGGAGGAAGCUGCUAAGGCAUGGUAUGAUAAAUGGGCUGAUCAAUGUCCUCUCAUUGCAUUUAUAAGGCCGAGAAAUAUACGAGAUGCAGGUUUGUCUUUAUACUCUCGACUUCAUAACAUAAGGAAUGGUAGUAAUUGGCUUUGGCCAGUCGCUUGGUUCGAUUUAUUUCCUGUUUUGAUUGACCUCCCUCAUCUUCAACUUAAUAACUCUAGUGAUAAACUGAUUUGGAAGGAUAAUAAUGCUUCCAUUAUUCUAUUUUCAACUUGGGGAGUAUGGAAUAUUAUACGAAAGCGGGAACAGGAAGUUCCUUGGUACAAAAUUGUUUGGUUCUCUCAAUGCAUACUAUGCCACUCAUUCCUUAUGUGGCUUAUCCUUCAGAGAAAGUUAAAGACUCAAGAUCAAAUGAUGCGUUGGGGUGGUGGUGGUAACUUGAAUAUGCGUCUUCUUUGCUGUUCGCUAUGUCAGAGAGGUCCUGAUUCACAUAACCAUCUGUUUUUUGAGUGUGAUUUUUCUCAACAGGUUUGGAGUGGUGUAAAAGGCCUAGCUGGAAUGUCCAAUGUUUCUGAAAAACUUGAAGAUAUUAUGGAUUGGCUGAUGGUUAGAGCAAAGUCUAGAUCGGUUAGGAGUGUAAUUGGGAGACUUCUGGUGGCUGCUACGACCUAUUAUGUUUGGCAGUAA